AUGGCUUCUCCACCAUCCUAUCUAAUUCCACUUGCACUUUUCAUAUCCUUUAUUCUUCUUUUUGCAUCAGCCUCAUCAAAUGAAGAAAGAAAGGUUUAUAUUGUGUACAUGGGAGCUCAACCCUCAUCCCAGUAUCCAACUCCUGAACAUCAUCUCAAUUUGCUUAAAGAAAUUCUCGUGAACAAUUCACCAAAUGAGUCUCUGGUGUAUAGCUACCAGAAGAGUUUCAGCGGAUUUGCUGCUAAACUUUCUACUGAUGAAGCUACAAAAUUGAGCGGAAGGAAGGGAAUAGUUUCAGUGUUUCCUAGUAAAAUCCUGAAGAUUCGCACGACGAGGUCAUGGGAUUUCCUCAACUUCACACAGACAGUUAAUAGGAAUCCCACACUAGAAAGCGACAUCAUCAUUGGAAUGUUAGAUACUGGAAUUUGGCCAGAAUCCAAGUCCUUCAGUGAUGGGGGAUUGCGGCCGCCACCGAGGAAAUGGAAAGGCAAUUGCGUAAAUAUAACUUGCAACAACAAAAUUAUCGGCGCCCGUUACUACAAUAGUCUAGGCGAUUACACGUUGGACGAACCAUCACCGCGCGACUUCGAAGGUCACGGGUCGCACACAUCAUCCAUCGCCGCUGGCCGGAGCGUCUCCCACGCCAGCCUUUAUGACCUCGCCCAAGGCACCGCCCGAGGGGCUGUGCCAUCGGCGAGGCUUGCAAUGUACAAGGUGUGCUGGACGUUCGGGUGCGCCGAAGUAGACAUCUUGGCAGCAUUCGACGAUGCGAUCUCUGAUGGCGUCGACAUCAUCUCCGCGUCAAUCGGCUCUCUCUUCCAGAAGGAUUACUUCGACGACUCAUUAGCAAUUGGUUCGUUCCAUGCCAUGAUGAAUGGGAUUUUAACAUCGACUGCCGCCGGAAACAUGGGGCCCAGUCAUAACACAGUCACCAAUGUGGCACCAUGGUUGAUGUCCGCGGCGGCGAGCAGUAUCGAUAGACACAUAAUUGGCAGGGUGGUCACCGGAGAUAAUGUGUCCACUUUGGGAGCUGGUGCCAAUACGUUUGCCACUGAAAAAAGCAAUUACCCCUUCAUCUUCCUACAUGAAACUCAAGGGGAUUGCACUGACCUAUCUAAAUAUUUGGAUGUGGUGAAAGGGAAGAUUAUUUUCUGCAACUUCUUCUAUUACGGAACUUUUAAUUAUACAGGUUUUGAAGGAAUUCUAUGUAGCGAUGACACUGAACUUGACUUUUCCUACUCAUUUCCAAGGCCAACAAUUUUGCUCAGCACCGCGGAUGGCCUCAAGCUUAAGCACUAUAUAAACAACACUGAAAAUCCAGUGGCUAACAUCCACAAAAGUGAACAAGUUUUCGACCCCAGGGCUCCCCUGGUCGCUUCAUUCUCAUCGAGAGGCCCCAACCUCGUCACCCGAGACAUCCUGAAGCCUGAUAUAACCGCUCCAGGAAUUGACAUUUUGGCCGCUUGGUCAAAGGCUGUACCAGUGUCAGGCAUCACGGGCGACACGAGGUUCGUAGACUUCAACAUAAUCUCGGGAACUUCCAUGGCUUGCCCGCACGUCACUGGCGCCGCCGCCUACGUCAAGUCCUUCCACCCAAAUUGGUCGCCGGCAGCCAUCAUGUCUGCGCUCAUGACGACAGCUAAACCGAUGCAUCCCUCGGAUAAACAAGACCAAUUAUCAUAUGGAGCCGGCCAACUGAACCCGGUGAAGGCCGUCGACCCAGGUCUUGUCUACGACGCUGGUGAAAGUGACUACGUUCAAAUGCUCUGCAACACGGGCUACAACGAAACCCUGAUCAAGAUCAUCACCGGCCACAACAGUUCCUGCCCUGCCAAGGCCAAGGGAAACGCGAGGGAUCUCAAUUACCCUACCAUGGGCUUUUAUGUUAAAGACGGGAAAACCUUCGCUGCGAAGUUCUUGAGAACAGUGACCAACGUCGGCAGCGUCGGCAAGUACAAGGCGAAGGUCUCGGCUGAUCCCAAACUUAAUGUGGCGGUGAAUCCUAGUGAGUUGGAAUUUUCGGAGUUGAAUGAGAAGAGGCAGUUCACAGUGUCAGUUUCCGGCGGGCCAUUGCCAGGGAACUCGACGGCGCCGGCGACGGUCAUCUGGUCGGACGGAAAGCAUCAGGUGAGGAGUGUGAUGGUUGUCUACACCGACUUCAGUACAAGCUAUGAUUGA